AUGGUGAAGGUCCUCUGCGUGCUCUACGAAGAUCCCGCGGGCGGCUAUCCGACCACCUACUCUCGCGACGACAUCCCCAUGAUCAAGACGUAUCCAGGUGGUCAGAGCGCGCCGACGCCCUCUGCUGUGGACUUCACUCCUGGGCAGCUUCUAGGAUCAGUCUCGGGCGGCCUGGGUUUGGGCGAAUUUCUGGCAGCAGCCGGGCACCAGUUUGUCGUCACGUCCUCCAAAGACGGGCCCGACUCGGUCUUUGAGAAGGAGCUUCCAGACGCAGAUGUGGUAAUCUCGCAGCCUUUCUGGCCGGCUUACAUGAGUGCCGAGCGCUUUGAGAAGGCGAAGAAGUUGAAGCUGUGCAUCACUGCUGGCAUUGGCUCGGACCACGUUGACUUGGCGGCAGCCUGCCGCCACGGCGUCACUGUGGCCGAGGUGACUUUCUGCAACUCCAUCUCGGUGGCAGAGCAUGUGGUGAUGCUCAUCCUCAACCUGGUCCGAAACUUCGUGCCCUCGCACGCCAUCGCGGAGGCUGGUGGCUGGCACAUCGCCGACUGCGUCGCCAAAGCCUACGACGUGGAAGGCAUGCACGUCGGGACAGUGGCCGCUGGUCGGAUCGGCUUGGCAGUUCUGCGGAGGCUCAAGGCUUUCGACACAGUCCUCCACUACUACGACAAGCAUCGGCUGCCCGAAAGCGUCGAGAGGGAGCUCAACCUGACUUACCACGACUCCGUGCAGUCGCUUGUGAAGGCGUGUGACGUCGUGACCAUCAACUGCCCUCUUCAUCCAGAAACGGAGCACCUCUCAACGAGGAGAUGA